UCAUCAAGCCGCGCGGUAGACUGGGGCCCAGACACGGACGUGGUCGGAUCCAUUGUGGGCAAGUUCUCUCAAGUUGAUCAAGCGGUGCUGGCUUGAUCACUUGUCACACGGCGCAUCAGAGGCUUGGCCCUGAUUGAUUCCCGCCCCUCCUGCCCGCCAUCACGCUUUGAACCUCGGAGCUUUUCACUACAGGCCAGUUGCUAUAGUGACCCGCUGGGCCUUGUACGAUUCAUGGGGCGGUUGAAGAGGGUCUCAGCGCGUGUGCUCGAUUUUCCCACGCUUUCUUGCACAGACCAUGCCCAGGCUACAGGCACAAGUUCGCGGAGCAACUGCCAACAGCCAACCAAGCGCAGCACUUGUCGUCGAAGCGGGCUUGAUCGGAAGCUGUGCCCGGAUCAAUGCUAUGGUGGGUCGCGUGUUCGCGUGAUGUCACCCGAACUUAGUUACAACAUCCUGCUCUCAACCACUGCCCUCCUUCCCCUCAUUAUCCUGUCCAGAGAGGUGCAUGAACUCGACGAUAACAAAUGACGUUCCGCCGAAACACGUCCGUCACACGAGCCCUGUCAUUGCCUUUAUCAUAGGCCUGUCCAUCAUUUUAUUGGCCAGCAUCCUCAAUGCUGCGGGACUGAACCUCACCAAACUCGACCAUGUACGGAUGAGUGCUUUACCGAAAUCCUCGAGACCCAAGGAUUGGAAGCGUCCCUUAUGGCUUCUCGGCAUGCUACUCUAUAUUUUAUCUCAGCUAAUUGGCAGUACUCUGGCUCUGGAGUACAUGCGGGCGGAAUACGUCGCGCCACUGGGCUCAUCUUCCUUAAUAUUCAACUUUCUCUUCGCCCGGUUUUUGGUGGGAACCAGCAUCUCCAGUCAGGACAUCUAUGGGACAGUCGUAGUUAUCCUUGGUGUCAUAGGCAUUGUCGCCUUCGGGUCCAUCAACAGUGGCCUUGAUACUGGAUCGGAUGUUAAACAUCUUACAACGCUGUGGCGUCGCGGAGGUUGGCUAGGGUACUUCUUGGUGAUGUCGUGCUCGCUCUGGUUGCUCUUGAUCGGAACGAGUCAAUUGGACGCGCUCCUGGCCGCUCGAGGCGACCUGAACUCGGCUUCAUUGUCAGCAAUCAUACGGGCUCAGCAACCCUCUGAGCCUGACUCCCGAUCCCAAAACCCCUUCUCCAGAGCAAUGCUAGCCUUCCGUCGAAGCUGGCAUGCACUUCUCCUUCGAAUCGCUGAAUGGUUAGAGUUGUGGACUGGACCCAAGGAUGACACAACUAUAGCAUGGACUUUGGGGAUUGGUUGGGCUUGCUGCGGCGGCGGAUUAGCUGGCGGAUGUCUUGUAUUUGCCAAAGCAAUGGUCAAGCUCGUAUCCGGCACACUGUCGCAUGAGCACACUGGGAACCAGUUCGGCCAUGCAGCUCCCAUCUUCACCAUCAUUUUUCUGGUGACCACCGCGGUGCUUCAAAUCAUCUGUCUUAACCGAGGGCUCAAGGUCUACGAUUCAACGCUUGUCGUGCCCGUCUUCUACGGUGUCUACACUGCCUCAGGGUUUUUGGAUUCUCUGAUCUUCAACAACGAAGUGGACUCUUAUCAAUCCUGGACGCUCUUCCUCAUCUUUGUCUCCAUCUUCAUCCUCAUAUCUGGUGUUGUGCUAUUGACACACAAAAAGCCGGAACCGGGGGCUCUUUCAUCCCGCUCCGUCAUUGCCCUAAACGAAGAUGGAUUCCCGCGCAUACGACUACGCCAACGAGGAUCUCGCAAAGCCAAGGCAGGGAUGUUAGAACAAAGUGCGGAUGAUGACGAGGAGACGAUGGUUGGGGGCGAGGAGCAAGCGUUGUGGGACAUCGGUGAUGCCAGUGACGACGAGAGCGAUGAUGGAGAGGGGCAGGAUGAAGAUGUCGACCAUCCACAACAUCCUCUACAUAAUGGGCCAACGAGGCACACGCCCAAGACCUCAUCACUCGGUGAGGAAGGUGUGCAGUUACUGCCCAGUACGCCGCCUCCUGCCGCACACCCUACCGGAGAGCACUUGCUAUAACUGUAAUGAUAUAUACUCUACACUUAAUACAGAGAGCCCCAUAGCGAACAACCAUCGAUGUUCAAACGCUCAGCCUACUGGGUUGAAUUUGAUUCUAACGUCUGCAAUCUCCCGACGGCCCUCCUUGAGCGUUGCGACAAUCUUGUCCUCCAGCUGGCUCGCGUCGAAGACGGAGAUGGACCGAGGGACCUCGGCGGUCAGAUUCACAUAGACCAGCGAGCCGGCGCUCCGGCCAUGGAGGUGUCGCACUGCGAGCAGGGAGGGGAUACUGACUGAUGAAGCUGAUGAAGCGAGUAGCGGAUCAAGCGUUCGUCGCAUGGUCUCUCGCUUUUCGAGGGGGAUGUUUGCGUCCGUCAAAUCGCCCCACGCGCCGUACAACAGGCCAGCUCCUUGUCUCAUGAUGACCAGCGCCACCAACAUACUUGCUAUGGGAUCGAGAGGGAGGGCGGGCCACCACCAACUGCCGAGGAUAGCGAAGAAUGCAACCAGACUGCCGUAGACAUCCGUUCGGUGAUGGAUGGCGUUGGCCAGAAGCACCGGGCUGUUCUCUUCAUCAGCUACCCUUUUCGUUAUCCGAUACAGCCACUCCUUCGAGACGAUUCCCAGUGCCGCGAACCAUAACGCGUUGGGAUCGACACCGUGCGAAUGGGAGUGUGCAUGCGCGUGCAGAUGAGAGUCCUGUGAAGCGGCGGGGGCGGCAGAUGUGACGUUCGCCAGGAGUUCCUGCAGAGGCCCGGCGGGAAGGGUUGAUGCUGUUUCGGUCAGGGAUUGGAGAAGGAGGUGGUAUGAGUGGAAUCCGAUGCCAAGCGCGCCUCCAAUCAGAAAUAGAGACACUGUUGUGGUCCCCAACGUUUCAAACUUGGCAAAACCGAGAGGGUACCUUUCAGUGGGCGGCUAGAGCGUUUUGGAAGACAUGAGCACAUGAAGCGGUGAUAUGGAUUGCGAAAGUCGCGUGCCUUGCGUGAAAGUCGCCAGCAGACGAGAGUGACGCCAUCCCCGAGUAGAUCUGCAGAAGAUUAGGUCUGACUUCCGAAGUCGGGGCAGCGAGCGCACCACUCAGGGAGUGUCCGGCGUCAGCGACAAGAACUGCACUAUGCGUUAGAUAGCCAGCCACGCCUUUGAUGGCGGUUAACCCUACAAAUAAUAAUAAGAGAGUGCGAAGUCGUAUCACGGCGACACGCACCUAUGUUGGCGAAGAGGCCUAACAGUAUCAAGUCGCGUCGGACAGAAGGUUAAUGCCGGACGCACCUAUUAAUGUAAUUUGACUCCCCCGGUCUCCAGCGCCUUGAAAUGCCUUCAUGAUUUUCUCCGCACUGUCCGUACCAUGGGUAUGAGACGAGAACACCGAGUGCGAGUGUGAAUGCGAGCGGGAGUUGGACUGCGAGUGCGCAUGGCCGUGAUCGACGUCAUGCUCGUGGGAAUGGCCGGGACUGCUUCCUUCGGAUUUCUUUGCUGUACGACGCAUACUGAGAGAGAACGAGCGCGGGAAGCCGUUCAGUGGACGAGGCCUUAACCAACCCGAAUAGCUUGGAUGGAGACGUGGUUUCAUCACAUUCAUGAAUGAC